AUGGAGUUGUUUCUUAAUCUUGGAAGAAAAUGUGAGGAGAUUGCUCCACAAAAUGUGAUCUUGCAAUAUCUAGCUCCACAUCAGAAUAUGUAUGUGACAUUGAAUGAAGAUGAUGACGUCCGUAUUAUGACACAUCUUUACACGUCUAUGAGAUUGACAAUAAUUAAUAUGAGAGCGGUGAAAAAAGAUGAUAUGGGUUCCCACAAUCUUGAAAGGUUUGAAACUGAAGAAGAGACACAGACUAGUAAUGAUGACCAUCUUGAAGUGGGGUUGGUAAGAAAUUCCAUAGACGUUUGGAAUCAUUGCAUUCGUGGAGAGGGCCAAAUAUUCAAGGAUGCUGCAGAAUUUCGAAAAUGUGCUAAAAAUUAUGCAGUUGCUACGAAACGGUCAUUUUUGUAUAAAAAGAAUGAUAAUAAGAAGGUUAUUCUUGUCUGUAGCACAAGCAACUGUUCUUGGAGAAUAUAUGCUUCAAGACAUAAAGCUGACAAACUUUUUGGCAUUAGAAAAUGUAAUCUAAUUCAUACUUGUGGAGAUGACAAUCUUCGUAGUAGAGGACAUCCUAAAGCUGAUGCUGCCUGGGUUUCUAAUAUUGUGAUGGACAGAUUGAGGGGAGAGCCCUCGUAUCGACCAUGCAUGAUGUUGAAAGAUAUUCACAGAGAUUAUGGGGUUGAGCUUAAUUACAACAAGGUUUGGAAAGGGAAGGAAUUGGCAAUGCAUGACAUUCAUGGUGUAGAGGAGGGGGCGUAUGAUAGAUUAAGAUGGUAUUGUAGUGCUAUCAAAGAAACUAAUCCUGGAAGUUUUGUCGAGUGUGAAAUUGAUCAUUGUAGUAAUAACUUUAAACGAUUAUUCAUCUAUUUCAACGCAUGUGCAACUGGUUUUAUCAAUGGAUGUAGGCCCUUGGUUUUCUUGGAUGGCACUCACAUAAAGAAUAAAUACAAGGGAUGUAUUUUGGUUGCUGUGGCAAAGGAUGCUAAUGAUGAUCUUUUCAAAUUAGCAUACUCAGUUGUAGAUGCUGAAAAUGAUGAUAAUUGGGGAUGGUUUUGUUUCCAACUUAAAAGUGCUCUACUUUCACAUCGCUUUAUUGGGUUCCAUGAGUUUACCUUUUUCUCUGACAGACAUCCUGGGAUAAUCAAGGCUAUUCAGUUAGUAUUCCCAGUCAGUCAUCAUGCCUACUGUUUAAGGCAUUUGGUAGAUAAUUUCGUGAAACAGGUCAUGCGAAGCUACCCACUUCAUAACAAAAAAUAUUGGUCAUCUGUUUUCAAGAAAGCUGCAUAUGCCCUAUCGAGACAAGAGUUUCAAGAACAUAUUAACAAUAUAAUACGGUCAAUGCCACUUGCUAAAGACUUCAUAGUAUCUUCGUGUCCAGAAAGUUGGGCAAAUGCAUGUUUUCUAGGAAAUCGUUGGGGUGUCAUGAAUAAUAAUAUAGCCGAAUCGUGGAAUAAUUGGGUUAAAACAGCACAGUUUCUUCCUAUUGUGCCCAUGGUGGACCAUAUACGCAUUCAAAUUAUGGACAUGAUGCACAGACGACGUGAAGCAACAAUGGGGAUGGUUAAAAGAUUGAGUCCAUCAAAGGAGAAUGCUCUUGCAAAAACAUAUGCUGAAUCUCGCAGCUUAAAACUACUUAAGGCAUGUGGCUGGAGUUUUGAGGUUGUGGAUGGAGAUAAAUCAUUUGCUGUUGAUUUGUCUGUUAUGACUUGUUCGUGCAGAGCAUGGCAGGUUAAUAGGUUUCCAUGCAAACAUGCAUGUGCAGCAAUAGAGUCAAAGUCAUUGUCAUUAUAUGAUUUCUGUGACAAAUACUUUAAGAUAGAGUUGUAUCGUGAAAGCUACAGAGGAAUAUUAAAUCCAAUCCCUACAUGUCACAUGUAUGAGUCCAAUCCCGAGCACCCAUUUGUAAUCAAUGCUCCUGAUGUUCGAAGCCAACCAGGUAGAAGAAGAACUCAAAGGAUACCUUCACAAGUCGAAAAACGUGUGACAAAUGUGAAACUGUUUGAUUUACAAGAAAAGGGGGAUGAUAGAACAAAGAAGAAGCGAGGAUGCAUCGACAAGAAGGUGUACUCGAUCUAG